AUGGCGAUAGAAGAGCUCGUAGCGCCAACCUGGACGGCAGCAGACGACGAAAGCCUAAGCCUGAUCCUCAUUCUUCUCCGCGAAGAUGCCGAAAAACUUAAGUCGUCAUCCAAAGGAAAAAAAGCCAAAAGCACUCUGUCUGACGCCGAGUUGGCUCUCCAACUGUACAUUGAGGAGCUCACUGGCGCAUCGACGUUUUGUUAUGACAGGCGAAUGACGAAGAGCAUCCGGGAUGCCAUUCGCGCUGACGCAGAAACUAUAUCUCAGGUUGAAGAGGAGUCUAUGGCCGAUAAUGCCCAUCAGAUGUCCGUAGCCCUUUCUCGUGGAGAGUCUGGGAACGAAAACACUGCUCAGGCCACCAGAAAUUCGGUCGCGGAUCUGGAACUAAUCGAGAAGCUCGACUGCCUCUAUGUUACUGGGAUCGAAAACACGGACUACGAAAGCGACAAAGACACUACGAGCCUGGACGAUGAAUCAGAUCAGCCAGAGAGUUCGUCUGCGGCUGCGGCUCGGCAGCCAAGAAAGAAAUCCCAGAGACGGGACUGCCAGGCCUGUGGAGAAACAACACACUUCAUUGACCUUGCCCGCGCCCCUUGUAACCACGAAUACUGUCGAGACUGUCUCUCCCAUCUGUUCUGUGAUGCUAUGACGGACGAAUCUCUGUUCCCACCGCGAUGUUGUCGCCAGCCCAUCCCCGCCAACCAAAACCGACUCUUCCUCGGCGCGGAUCUGUUUCACCAGUUCCAACAGAAAUCUGUCGAGUUUUCGACUCCGAACCGAACAUAUUGCCAUCGCCCUAACUGUUCUGCAUUCAUCACGCCAGCCAAUUGCAUCGAUGGUGUUGCACGGUGUGCGGACUGUGAUGCCGAAACUUGUACGACCUGCAAGGGUCUUGCUCACGGUGGUGACUGUCCAUUUGAUCUAGAACUUCAGCGGGUGAUUGAGAUUGCGAGGGAGGAGCACUGGCAGCGGUGCUACAGUUGCUUCAGCAUGGUGGAGCUGAACAUUGGCUGCAACCAUAUGACAUGCCGAUGCGGUGCUCAGUUCUGCUACGUCUGCGGUGCCGAAUGGAAGACUUGCCAAUGCCAGCAAUGGGAUGAAAAUCGGCUCUACACGCGAGCUGUCGCUAUAGACGAAAGAGACAACCCAUAUGCUGGGGAGGAAGCUCCCGAUCCAGUUGUCGAAGCCGCCAGACAGAACCCGAAUGCUGGGGAGGAAGCUCCUGAUCCAGUUGCCGAAGCCGCCGGACAGAACCCACCUAAUGAAGUUGUUCCGGUGGCGGGAAUGGCCUUGUGGGAGAGAUUGGCGAGAGUAAUGGAAAGCUUGGUCCAGAACCACGAAUGCACUCACGAGGGCUGGAGAAGAAGAGGAGGGCCUGCUGGUUGUGAGGAGUGUGGUAAUGAGAUGCCCCUUUUCAUCUUUGAGUGUCGACAGUGUCACAUCAUGGCUUGUCGACGGUGUAGAUAUCACCGUCUCUAA